AUGGCGGCCGGAUGGCGGAAGUUCACGGGCCAGUCGCCCUACCCAUCCGUAGCGGCCAAUAGAACGCAAAGUGCCUUUGCCUACGGCGUGAAACAGGACCGGCAGUUCAGACUGGAUUGGGUAAGUGGGACAAUGAAGUAUUUAAAGGGCCCGCGUGGGGUGGGGAGGUCAAAACAACAAAAAAUAAAAGAUUAUUGUGGAGCGGACAAGGAAGAUGAUGGGAAAUAAACUCAGCUUUCACAUGCUAUUCAAUCGGACGCUCAAAAUUCAUAAAGUCUGCUUGAACGCGUUGUCCUUUCUUUAGCCAAGUCCAUUUCAAUGCGGCUGCCCUUUUUUAGCCAAAAUAUAAGCGAUAAAUGCGUGAAGGACUUUUGUUUUGGCCCUAGGAUUCUUGCACUCUUAAGGGCAAUUAAUAAAUUCCUUUGUACAUUGUCUUCUCAAUAUAACCUGAACUUUGCACGCAAAACGGAAAAGAACCAAGGAUAUUGAUUAUAAGCGAGUUGUUGUCAAAUAGGGCUGGUCUAAAACAAAAAAAUAGAACUGGACCUGGAGCAGGCUAGCAUUUACUAGGCGGUCUUAAUAUAGGGGGCAAUGAAAGAGUGACUGUUCACAAAUUGACAGAGGAUGGUUCUCGAAGUGCGAUGCUCUCAGAUUCUUACGAAACUGGGCAAAAAACUAGACUAUAUUUUUUAAGGGCUAUGCGAGAUUUUUAUAUUGCGCUUUGCCCAAGAAAAAGCAAAAUUUUAGGUCGAAAGUCAGCGAACAAUCGAAAUUUUUUGCGAAUUUUGGCGGAGAGAGGUUCACCCUAAUUUUACUAAAGGGAUAGUGAAUUUUAAAAACGACUUUUCUAGGCAAAAUCCACUGAGAUUUGGCCAAACAUCUCCCGUCUCCGGCAUCAAGGUCGCUGAAUAUCCGGGCUGGCUCUACAAAGCGGAGCUUACUAGAAAUUCACCCUUUUUUGCAACGUUUUCGUUGCUCCUUUUACAUUUUGCCCACUAAAUUACAAACUUUGAAGAUUCCUCCUUUAUCCCCCUCCAAGCGUAAUAAGAUAAAAUGCGACACUUUGUCUGACCCAAAACCCGGCAAUUUAAAAUUCGAACCCCAAGUGCCAACUCCUGCCGGUUUAAUUACCCGGCGAAGACAGUUUCAAAAAAUGGAAGCCAAGAAUACGCAAAGAAGUAGGUCGUUUGGAGAGCCCUUGAAGCGUCCACAUUAUCCAUGCCUUCUUCUUUGUGCGUCGCUGCAGCGUCCCUAUUAAUUAUUUAUUGUAAUUUCCUUGGGUUUUUCCCUUCGUACUACACGAGGUUUUGAAGUUUGAGCGGUCAUGGUGAAGUUGUGAAAUAAUUGAUGAAAUACAACUUCCUUGUGUUGCGGAACAAACAAUGAAAGUCUUUUUGGAACUGCUUCCUUUCAGAUACAAGGCCGAGAUUCCGAGAAUGAAACCAAACUUUUGCAAUUUAUUGGCGAACAGCUUGGAGUUGCGCCCCCAACGCCAAACCGGGCUGGAUUGUGGCUAAAAGACGGGGUGAUUCUCUGCAAGUAAGUUGGGUUGAAGAUACGUCUUAGAUAGGGUUGACUGAAAGGGGAAAUAGCUCAAGUGCGACGCUCAGAUUUUGAUGAAACUUGGCACAAAUUUCAAAUAUUUUUUUCUAAGCGAGAAUCUUAGCUUGCGCUUAACUGAGGUUGAAAGUCGACGAAAAUUUUUGACUUUUUGCCAAAUUUCGGCACGAAAACUUGAAAAUUUUCAUGCCUAUUUAUGCUAUAGAGGAUAAUGUUUCCACAAAAAAUCAAUUUUUACCGCACGGAACUUGCAAAGUUAUGAUCAAAAAGUGUUUUUCUCUCUGUCCGUUCUCCGCGUUUAGCGUACUCUCUCGGCGGCAAACAUCGCUCAAUAUCUUGGCGGCGCUUGCAAAGCGCGAGCUAAAACUUUCAGGAAUUGAUAUGUGGCAUAUGGCCAAAGCGUGCGCAAAAUUAAAAGGCAAUUUAAGCGUUGCACUUGGUGUACUUCUCUUGUGAGUUGUGAGGGUUUAGCCGAGAAACCACUUUUGCUGACUAGAGAGCAUUGAAAUUUGGAGUUCGCCCAGAGAGAUAAAGGCUUCUUGGCCAUAAGUCUGCUAACUUUGCGUUGAUUUUUUAUAGCAAUGGGUUCCUUCGAAGUCCUUCGAAGUAGAAAUCAGUAUGAAUUUUUCCAAGACCUCUAAAUCCGACUCUUUCAGGAUUCUGGAAAAGAUGGCCCCGGGCUGUUUGGCACGGCCCUUGAACACCAAAAGAUCGGAAUUCGCAUCCAUCGAGAACAUACGCAACUUCCUCGAAAGUGCCGUUAAACUGGGCUUCGAAGAAGGCCACAUGUUUGAAGUGAGUGAUCUGGUGGAUCAGAAGAACAUGGGGAAGGUCCUGGGUGUGCUUCAGAUGCUGGCCGAUGAAAUUCAGACACGGGUCACUGUCAGAAUCUACUAUUAA